AUGCCGCGGCAAAAAAAGCAAUAUAAACAUUUAAACCAAGUUCGUUAUCAAGGAACCCCCAUCGCUAAUAAUACUACACCAGAAACCGCUAAUAUUGUCGAAAUCUCUGAGUUACCAAUAGACACCAAUGCUGUAUCAGAGAACGAUAAUGCAAUCAAUAUAGCAGAAUUAUCGGAAUCCAACGUUUUAUCAGAAAGUACCAAUACAAUUGAUGUCCCUGAAUCAAAUACUACGUCAGAAACGGAUAUUGUCGAAAUUUCUGAAUCGCCAACGGACACUAAUGCCAUAUCAGAAAAUAAUAAUGUAAUCAAUAUAGCGGAAUUAUCAGAAUCCAACGUUUUAUCGGAUAGUACCAAUACAAUUAAUGUUCCUGAAUCGAACAUAGAAAUUUCAAAAAACACGAUACGUCUAGAAAGAAAGAGAGCACAAUUAAUUGAUCAAAUUAAGUUACUGCCCGAUGACGAAGUAGCUGCAGCUUGCCAUCUCUUCGAAACAAUGAGAUAUUCUAGCGGAAACCGAAAAGCAAAAAUUUUCUCACCGUAUAUUAUAAACAAAGCUAAAACAUUUAUAGUGGAAGGGUUAAGUAAGCAUUACUCUUCCAUUACAGCGAUUCAAUCUAAAAUAAAUUUAUUAGAAAAAGAGAAUAGAAAAUUACGAAGAGAGAAAGAAAUCGCAGAAUCUCAAGUCCACUCGCUUAAAAUGAAAGUAAUCAAGGGAGAAGGAGCUAAGGCUCGAUAUAUAAGCAAAAUUCGUUCAAUAAACCAGAAAGGAAAAAAGAUAUCACCAGAACAAUUUAAAAGGGAAGCCGAAAAAUUGAUAAGGGUAAAUAAACGAGAAUACACACCACAAUUUGUUCAACUGGUUACUGAACUUAGUAACACGGGAAUUGUAUCAAUUUCAUCGACGGUGGAAUGUACCAAAAAAAUGUAUGCAUUUUUGACCGGAGAAAACCCUGAUAAAUGGCUUUCAACCGGCACAGUCUCCCGUUGGAACCAAGAAAUUGCAAGAUUAUUUACUUGCGAAAAUCUUAGCAUAGACAGAGAAGCACGCUUUUUUACGUAUGGAGUAAUGGCAGAUGAAAGCACUAGAGGGGAAAAGAAAGUAUUUCUAGUUUGUUUUGCCUAUUGGAAUAAUGAGAAGGAAGAGCCGAUGUUAACCUUGGCAACAAUGACAGAUAUAAAUCGAUGUACGGGGACUGAAGUCGCAAACGCUGUUUUAAAAACGUGCACGGACUAUAAAUUUGAUCCCAUGAAAUGCAAUUAUUGGCUUACUGAUAAUGCAGCCUAUAUGUCGGGAUUAAACGCGGGCGCCGUUGCAUCAUUUAAUUUUCGAUCUCAAGCUCAGGCAUAUCGAAUUCCUUGCGGCAUACAUUCAGUACAUAUCGCCAUAACUAAAUUUGAAGCUGAAGCAUUCGGAAAAAUAAAUUCGUCUCCAAGUUCCCUCUUAAUAGAACAUCCAUCGAACCUCUUGACUUUAGCAUAUAAUCUUCACGAUGGAUAUAAAGACAGCGAUAGGGGUAACCCCAUGAAUAUAAAAUCCGACAUAAUUCGAAAGUUAUACUGGACAUUGUUGAAAUAUCAUCUCAAGCAGUACCAACGGCCCAUCUCUACUCGUUGGCUAUAUCAGCUCACAACUGCCGAACAAUAUUUACAGCAUAGGGAAAUUCAUCUCCAGUUUGCAAACUGGUUUAUUCCUCAACUAGAAAACACUAAAAAUGCCCUCUCAUCAUAUGUACAAAAGUGGAAAGUUUUUCGUGAUUGGCUGCAAAAUCCUAUACUUAACUUUCAAGUCAAAUGUAUGGUAGCGUUUGGGAAAAAAUUCUAUGCUAAAGUUAUUGAUUUUCUUACAGGAUAUGAUCAUACUCCUCGUGCAAUACAAAAUGGCGUAUUAAUUCACCUCCCUGCUGGUAAUAGAGCACAUCAAUUGCCUGAUCAAGUAUUAAUAUGGUUGGGUGAAUUAUAUAAAAUAAUUGACUGUCCUAAUGAGUGUUUUAUCGAGGAAUUUGAAGAAUUCAGCUCCAUUUUUCAUGAGAGUGAGUUGCAAACCCAUUCUCUUAAAUUAAAACGUGGGAUUGAAACAGCGUUAGUAAGCUUUUCAAAGUGGAUGGAAUGCUGGAUUCACUUACCAUUAUCUGUGUGCCGCUUAGGAGGAGAUUAUGGGCCGGAAUUUGCUCGAGCAGUUGCAUCGAAAAUUCUUCGUCAAUCUUUCGAAACUGAGACAACUUGGAGAGAAAAAUCAUACAUCGAAUUUCUUGAGGAAGACUUGUCAAGAGGAAUAACUAACUCCUUUGGCUUGUUCGAUGCUCUGAAAGAAGAAGAUUUUCUGGAACAGUUUCUUGCUUUUGCGGAAUCUGAUAAUGCUUCCAGUAUUCACAAUUUCCCGCUCAUUUAUGAUUUUGUGAAAUACAAAAUUUGGCCUAUUGUCGUUCAUCAGCAACAGAUUGAGGGAAUGUUUAAUAAGUAUGAUAUGCGAACUGAUCCUAAUCAGAAAACAACGUUACAAGAGGCCCGAAUGCAGUUAACCUGUUCCACUGCUGAGAAACCAGUUACUGGAGAAAUGCUGAAGGAGGUUCGUAGAGAAAUUAGAGAAGAGAGUGAGAGAAAGGAAAAUAAACUAGAAAGUUUCGGAGAAGAUGCGGCGAAGUCUAUAUUACAGGCUUGCGUUAUCUUUAAAAAAUAA